AUGGUGCUCGUGACAUCUUCGACUAUCUCCCUUGCAAUAUCAACAUCGAUAAUUAGUUUAUUUACUCUUGUUCUAUUUUUGUCGGGCUACGUUCUGCAACAGAAGUCUAUCAGGGGUAUACAAGCCGCCAUCAGCCCCGCCACGCAAACCCUCCUCACCUCAUGGCCUUAUGCUGUACCCGGCGGGUCACCUGCUGGCGCAUACGCUAUCGUUAACCAACGAAAAGACACAUUCUCCUUCCCUAAAGUUGUUGUGGAAAAUGAUGGUACGGGAGUGGGAAGGGGACGCGGAGUCGGGGAAGGAGGGGAGUCCUCCAGCAAUGAAGGACUUAACACAGGACGAUAUGAUCAAGGCGACAGAUAUGGACAAAAGCAUAAACAAGCAUACCUCCAAAUGAUAUCAAGACCCAGCGCAUCGGGUAUCUGCUCGAGUCUUUUAUUCUUUAAGACACUCACCUCCCAAAACGAGAUCCAGACAGACAAAGUAUUCCUAUACCCUAAAUCGUGGAACCAGAACUCGCCAACGAGGAGUAUUGCGGAGGCUUUAAAAAUACUCAAACAACACCAAGACGAAUAUGAUAUAAUUAUACACGAUAUCGAUAUGACGGAUCCAAACUACCGUUUCCCAUCCAGCACAAAGCUCCUUAGAAAAGCUUCACAUAAAUUGAUUCACUACGAAAAGAUUUUCUACACUCGCUCUCCUGGUGUGCUUCUUGAUUCCGCAAAGAUAAAUAAAUUGUUCUUCUCCCCACCUCCCCAGUUCUCACCCUCGGUCUCAUUUUCGUAUUCGCCAUUUUCGUCAUGGAAGAAGAGAGCACAAUCGAACAAAAAUUCACAGACCGAUGUGUGGGUUCCAACCCGCUUAUCGACCGCGAACACAGACCUUCCCUAUGCGAUUCUAGUCACAACGGAACGUAGCUCCUCAGGUGGUAUUUCUAUCAGAUCCCAUGUACCUUCUCCAUCCGUCAAACAAUCGUUGAUCGUUCCGGCAGUAUCUAGAUUUCCGGUCAAGGAAGGUUCGGAGAUGCAUCCUGCCUAUGUGUUCUUUGAGAAAAAUAAGAAUCAAAUGCAGGAUAUGGAGAAUGUGUAUUAUCAAGAAUGGAAGAAACAGGUGCAGGAUAUCUGCCGUGGGAUUGAUAUUAAUGACUGA